AAUCAUAAUCAUAUUCAUAUCCAAAACCCUAAAUCAAAUCAUCUUCAAAUGGCGAUUUCAUUUUCAUCUGCAUCUUCUUCUCUCUUCACUUCCUCCAAUUUCACCUUCAAUUCAUCCUCAUCGUCACAACCGCUUCCAACCGCCGUUAACUACAAACGCGCCACCGUCACCGCCGCCUACGCCACCGCAGAGAGGCCGUCGGAAACAUUAAGAUCGUACCGUACCGCCGGAAAAGGUUCGAAUUCACUGUACGAUGUGCUCGGAGUAGGAAUCGGAGCGGAUAUGCGAGAGAUAAAAUCGGCGUACCGGAAGUUAGCGAGAGUGUUGCAUCCUGACGUCGGAAACGGAGAGUCGUCGGCGGAUGAGUUUAUGAAAGUGCAGUCGGCGUAUUCGACGCUUGUGGAUCCGGAGAAACGAGCGGUUUAUGAUCGAAGUUUGGUGCAGAGAAGGGCGGGAGAUCUGUUUCCGGUGAGGUCUUACAGGAGCCGGAGAUGGGAGACUGAUCAGUGUUGGUAGAAACCGGAUAGUUGUAAUUGGAUCGUGUUUUAGAGAUCUUUGAAUUUGUAUAUAUUUAAAAUUAAAAUAGUUUUUGAGUAUAAAUUUAUUAGCUUAAUUGGUC